AUGGCCAUCUCCAUUGCAGACAGCUCCUGUAGCUCGCCCAGGUCGUCUCUGGGCUUUUUGCUGGACCCCGAAAAGGUCGAGCCGCCGCGUCCCAAGCAGAGCAUGUGGCAUCGCCUGGGUCUCCGGCGAUGGCUUGGCCGCGAUGACCGAGAUUUUUUCUCUCGCUCGCCUACAAGCACUGAUUCUCCCCCGGCGUCGAACACUCGUCCCAAUUCCAAAGGCACCGAUUCCCCGCCCCCCAAAUCCCACGAUAACCUUACGCGCCGGCUGUCCAGAAAGGUAGGUGUUGGCCUGCCCCGGUCCACUACCUUCAAGAGACAACACUCCGAAAGUCGAGACCGUCUCUCCCCUGUCAACUCCGAGCCUCGCCGCGCUGCAUCGGCCGACCGUCGUACACUGAGUCUCGAGCGGACAAAGUCCCCACAGUCUGUCGUGGAUCCCAGAUUAUCCGCUCCCGAGAUUAACUGGCGCGAAGACCCGGACCCAGAACCAAGCCCAACCAAGGUCGACGACCCCCCGGAAACGAAUGAGGAUACAACCCAGGAUAGCGAUGUCAGGUCGGAAUGGGACCACUACCCCGAGGUGACGGAUACACCCGAGGGGUAUCCUGUUGAUAAUUUCGACAUGGACUUGGAGCGCCGGUGGAUUCUGAACCUGAGCAUGCACUUUCGGGACGGCUCAGAAAGGGAAAAAUUUUUCGUCACCUAUGCCGAAGCUGCCAACAGAUGGCGCCGCGUCACUAUAUCUUGCGACUAUCGCGACGCCGAACCUGAAUCCCUGGAGCAGGACCUGAAGGAAUUACGGUACCAGCGAGACAAGUGCGCCCGAAUCUACGAGUCGAUCCGCGAGUCGCUCACCGAGAUCCAGUUCUACGAUACCGUCACCAAUCUGAAACUAGAAACCCUCGAUGGUCGCUUACAUGUCCAUGUUACCGAGGAUGUGAACGAGAUCAUCCCCUACCCUCCCAUCUCCAGUAUCGGCCACUUACCAGACGCCCAACUCGUUCCCGAACGCCGGUUACACUUCGAGGCACACCUAUCGGGAUUUGUGUAUAAUGUGAGGCUGGGCGAUAGAUCGUUUAUCAAGAAGGAAAUCCCUGGGCCAGAUACCGUUGACGAAUUCCUAUACGAGAUCAACGCUUUGCAUGCGCUUCAAAGUACCCCCAAUGUGAUCCAGGUGGAAGGAAUUGUGGUUGAUGACCGGCAGGAAGUUGUUAAAGGCCUUCUCAUUAGCUUCGCCGAGAAAGGAGCCUUGGUGGACAUUUUGUAUGAAUAUCGUGGGACAAUUUCCUGGGAGCGUCGGGAACGUUGGGCUAGACAGAUCGUACACGGCCUUUGCGAGAUUCACGAGUCGGGCUAUGUGCAGGGAGAUUUUACCUUGUCGAAUAUUGUGGUGGACGCCAACGACGAUGCGAAGAUUAUCGACAUUAACCGACGAGGUUGUCCGGUGGGAUGGGAACCACCGGAGAUUGUGGCAAAGAUCGAGAGUAACCAACGGAUAUCGAUGUAUAUCGGAGUUAAGACAGACCUUUUCCAACUGGGAAUGACACUUUGGGCACUGGCAAUGGAGGAGGACGAACCUGAGCGCCAGCGCCGGCCGUUUGUGUUGGACGAGGACCUUCCCGUCCCGGACUAUUAUCGGAGAGUGGUGUCUAUUUGCCUCAGUCCGAUCCCUCGACACCGACUGUCAGCUAAGGAGCUGCUGAAUUUUUUCCCUCCCGAAACCGGAACAUUUGAGCAGUUGCCCAGGAUGCAACCUCCUAUAAGCGUCGGAGUUGGUCUGCACAAUGGCGUCUUCCCUUUGUACGACUCCCGUGCUUCUUUUCUAUAUCCCCGCGGGCGACAAAUGGGUAGCUUCGGUCAUAGUAGGCCACAUACCGCGCAUCAUUCUCCGCACGACGAUCCUGAGAGCAUACCCUCACCAGAAACAGAUGGAGCUUUUGUUUAUAAAGAGGAGCAAGACCGGCAACUGGAGCCGUAUGAUACGGUGCCACGGCCGAAUGGCAUUCGGAAGGAGACCUCAAUUAUUCUCGAUGAGCGCAAUUCUGUGGAUGACCUGAUACCAGUGACAGAAUACACCGAAAGAAACCUGUCGUUAGAUUAUGGGGACAGUGAAAUUGACCUAGACGGUGGCGUGGAUCCUCGUUACCGAAUCUCCUCAACGGACAUGACAAUGGUCGAUCCUGUAUCAGACGCCGAGCAUCUACCGAAUGAACUUGGUAGUGCUGGGCCAUGGGAGCAUUCGUCUCGAAACGGCUCUAUUCAUUGCCAACGCCCGGAGUCGCUUCCUGCCACCCAGGCCCCUGUCAAUAUAUACCCGGCAGGCUCGGCAGCCGAAGAUUGGACUAGUCAAGAACCAUUGCAAUCUGAGUCUACGCUUCUGCAAUCUGCACUCCCAAUUAAUCCGGCAGCCGAGUUUGAGUUAGGACCAUCUGCAACGAAGGACAAUUCACCACCCCCGAGUGACAUUUCGGACUAUCCUCAGCAUCUUAAUGACCAACAGAGCAGUUACCUGAGUGAGUCUACUUUACCGAUAAACCCAGCCCUCAUAUCUUUGGAGGAGCCGCCUAAGCAAAACAUACCUUCUCAACCAUCACCUAGCAUCCAGUCGGAUUUUGUAUGCUCCCAAGCUAGCCUCCAAGGCCCUUAUUUGAGCGAAUCCGUGUUACCAAUAAACCCGGCGGUCAGGUCACCGGAAGUGGACCGGUCAAGCUCGGGGGCAGACAGUUUGUUGCCUCGCCUCGUCGAGACGAUCCCCGAGAACCAUCAACAUACUAUACAUGACCAACACUUUUGUCUCAGUGAAUCUAUUUUACCAAUUAAUCCAGCAAUUGAGACACCGGAAGAUGUAUUCGACCAUCAGAAGCAUACUAUAUCAGCUCCCGAUUUAAAAGCAGCCCAGGACUCUCAAAAUAUCGACCAGGACCAAGACCAAAACUCCUUCAGCAAUUCAAAGUUACCAAUCAACCCAGCUAUGACAUCCUCUCAGGUGUCCAAUCACAAGACAGACGACACCACAGGUUUUAACGCAAUUUCAAUUUCGCGCGCUCCAAAACACAUCGAGACAUCGAACCAAGAUUUCUCUCUCCGCGAUUCUCACCUGCCCAUCAACCCAGCAGCCAAAGCGUCGACAGAAACAAUCAACCAAGAUUCAGCUCCAACCUCCACCAUUGGACACAAAUCAACCUUAUACCCUCAACAUGUUGUCCAUGAUUUGAAUUCCUACUUGAACGACUCUCACCUACCCAUUAACCCAGCAUUCACCGGCAAGGCCGUACAAUUUGUAUGA